AUGUCAGCCUUUAAACUAAUGGGAGUUUCAAACAACAGGACGUGGGGUCCUGAUUCUAAGAAUGAAGAAAUUGUAAAGCAAUGCAUGGGAGAAUUAAAGAAAUAUCAAUUCGAACCAUCUAUGAAAUUUGAAAAGAUAGGAAAGACAUGCGAUUUUACUAGCAGUACUUAUCAAAAGAAUGUAAAAGAUGCUAAUAAAAAUGCAAAUGAAGGAAAUGCUUUUGAAGAGGAACAACAGUUCCAAACAGUUGAUUUAAGAUCUGGUCAAAAACAAAAAGGAAAUACUUACAAUAAGAAGAAAAUUACCAAUAAACAAACAACACAAGCAUUUACACAAAAACAACAAGAAGAGAAUAAUCUCUAUAGUAGUAGAAUAAAAACAGCUGAACAAAAGAAACAAAAAUUACUUCAACAAGCGAAAACAGCUAGAAUGAACGCUAGACAUAGAAUAUUCACAGAAUGGAGUAUAGAACCCACUCCGGUAUGGACAGUUGAAUGUGAGGUGAUGUUUAAUGAAUUACCAAAAAAAUUAAUAAAAUUAGAAAAUUUACAAAUGGAAGAUAUUUAUUUCAGGGGAAGACUAUUACAUUAUGAUAAAAAAUUUGAAAAUAUUAAUGUGAAAAAUCCACCAAGUCUUGUAAGUGUAAGCAAAGAUUUUAAUUACCAGGUUUGUAAGACAAAAGAUGAUCAAUCUUUAAUGGAAAUUUUAUCAGAUGAAGAUAAAAAAUGUAAAGUAGGAGAUAAUAUGAAUAAUAACAUUUUAGUUGUUUCAACAGAUCAAGUGUUAUCGUGUCUUAUGUCAGCUGCUCAGUCUAAAUAUUCAUGGCACUUAUUAAUAACUAAAGAAGGUAAUAAAAUAAUUAUUGAUAAAGAUGAAGAUUCAAUUGUGGAUUUGUUAACCGUUAAUGAAAACUCUAUAGAUUCACCUACACAAGAUAAUGAAAAUAAAAUUAAUAGCUUACAAUCAUUAGGAUUUGAAGCUAUCAAAAUUAACCAGCGAUUUAGAAAACAGAUUAUUUUAAAAGAUGAUCAUGCGGAAAAAUUUGACACUCCAUCCUUUACAGCUAAAAAUUGCUUAAAUUCUGAUGCCCUUUAUAGAUAUAGAAAAAUUAAUAUCCCACCAAUAGUACACGGGAUAACAAAAAAAAAAUGCACACUUAUAACUAGAGGAGAAAUUCAUUCAAAACUUCAAGGAAUCGCUAAUUCGUAUAUUUAUAUAUGUGCUUUAAAUGAAUAUGAUAUUAAGAGCCAUAAAAACUGGAGGUCACAAAUUGAAAAUCAAAAAGGUGCACUUCUCGCUAAUGAAAUUCGUAACAAUACAUCGAAAUUGCAAAAAUUUAUAUGUCAAGCUUUUAUAAGUGGAUGUGAAGAUAUAAAAUUAGGAUUCAUAUCAAGAAAAAAUGCCAACGAUGCAGAAAAUCACCACAUUUUAUCAAUUCAGUCACAUAAAACAAAGGACUUAUCAACACAAAUUGGAUUGAAAUAUGAAAACAUUUGGGGUAUUAUUAGAUAUAUUGUAGAUAUAAUUUCAGAGAAGCCAGAUGGAAAAUACGUUAUUUUGAAAGAUCCCCUCAAGGCUCUCUUACGCCUGUAUUGUACUCACGAUGAUGAAAAUAAUUAG